AUGACAACAUCUACCUUCCAAACAUCCAGGUGUCAACAACUGAGAGAGAAAUGUAGCUCAACCAUUAAGUGUGAAAGUAUCUGGAAAGCAAUUGAAGAAGCUUGUAGCAUUCCAGGUAACAGCUGUGCAGUGGAAGAAUCAAUUGACUGUAAUAAACUUGUUGAGUUCUUGGUUAAAGAAUAUCCAGAAUUUAAAGACUGCAACUGCACAAAAGAUGGCUGCAAUAUCCAAAUGUUGCUCAACAAAGAAUGUUUCAUCAAUAAAGGGCAGCCAGUGCCUUCACCAGCCCCAGAUGUUUGGGUUAGAUUUCCACAGCCGACUAAAUCAAAUGAGAUUGCACAUCCGAGCAUAUUUGAAAAUGACUGCUUUAUUAAAGAAAAGGAUCACAGAAAUGCAGAAGCAGAGUGGCAGUUGUCUGCUCUGUUUAAUGCUGAAUACAAACCGCAGCACUCCUGCCUCCAUGUAAACGUGGAAUGUGUUAGUGACACAGUCUGUAACAGGCAAUUAUCUCUGUAUCUUGACAACUGCCAAGCAAGUGAGAUGCCAUGCAGUGUGAAUCGAUGCAAAACAGCACUAAGGAACUUCUACAAAAAUAUGCCUUUUAAUGUUGCCCAGAAGCUGACAUUUUGUGACUGUGAGGAGUGGGAUGAAAAAUGUCUGCAUGCAAAAGGAUUUCUUCAUGGCAAACCAUAUACCGACUUGGUUCAAGCUGCUUCGUGUCUCAGCCUAAUUCAAACAUGCCAAGGUGACAGUCUCUGCUGGGAGAAAUAUAAAGCGUUCACAUCAAAGUGUUUAAAACACAUCUCCCAAUCAUGUCUUGAAAAUAAUGCCUGCAUAGAAUACUUGGAUGCAAGUGAUUUUAAUUGCUCUGACAGUGCUGAGUGCAGAAAAGCUUAUAUCGACAUGUGGGGAACCAUCCGCCCUGCAGAGUGCACUUGUGACGUCAGAUCACCCGCGGAACGAUCUACAUGCAAGCUGUUCCAUCACACCCUCCAAAGAAACUCCUGCUUCAGUCAGAUAGCAGGCAGAAAGGCUGUGCAUUACCCAUUGCAUACAGAUCUGCCUGAAACAAAACCUUCUGUGACACACAAGAAAUCCUUAUUUGCUGGUGACAAAAUCUACAUUGCAAUCUAUUCCUGUUGUGUAAUUCUUAUCCUGGGAUUAGUCCUACUGGCUUUACUUAAGACCAGAGCUUUCAGAAGCAAGGCAAAGGCUCCUUCACCCACACAUCUCUCAGAGAGGCUUAUGAUUCCUCAGCAACCAUGGAUUGUCAACUGUGUGGCUAAUGAUUUUCCACGUUCUUCUCCUAGUCAGCCCGUUGCACCUCUACCAUGA